CACGCCUGCGUUUUGACAGCGUGGGUCCGCGGUUAUCGAGUGCGAAGUGUUCAUGUUUGCCUGUGCGCGGUGACAUCAUGCUAGGUAAUUUAGAUAGUAAGCCAAUGUUUGCAACGGCGCUUUCUACUCGCGGCUGAUGCUUAUGGCGCGGCCACGCGAUCUGUCUUGAAUGCUAUCUGCAAUGCGGACAGUUGGCGUCAAGGCGCGCUGAAGGCCGAUGGCGUCGCAUGUGCUAUUAGCACAUACACGCAUGCGCGUCACCCGCGUUCACGAAGUGAAACGUCACUGUAACUGUUUUUCUUUUCUUGCUUGCGUCGGCACCGUGACAUGCGCCCUGCUGCUCACCGCGAUUCGCGAUUACAAAGAGCGAACUGAGAGGGCGAGCAGCGAGGAGGGCGGGGUGCUUCACUUGACUAUCCGCGCCUCGCCACCUACCUGCCCCUCUCCCCUCGAUAUGCGCCUCGCACUCCUUGCAGCCACGUGUUGAGCCACGUGACCCGGCGGACCCGGCGCCUAUAGUUGGUUCCUUAUUCUGUGCCUAUAUGUGCAGCAUUGUAGCUUCUGUAGUUUGUCAUAGGUUUGCUGCUGCGUACGUUGGCCUCGAGCAGGUGUUCUGUGGUGCCGUUCGCUGGCGUGCGAAGAGCUCUCUUGCAAAGAUAUGGCAUAUGCAAUCGUUGAGUUUUUGGCCCUGCAAGAAGUUGAAGUGGUACCAUCAACAUGGAUAAAAGGGAAUCGGUGUGCCUGGCCACCAGAGCACAUUAAAGGAGACAAGAUUGUCACAAUGGUAAAAAAAGCAGCAAUGCCGGAUGCUUCUUGGAAAUGCUUUGAGGUGUCUGUAAAGGGGCUGUUUGGAACCUAUGAGUUGGCAAGGAGAAAGCUCAACCGAAGUGAACGGGACUCAGAUUUGAACACAGACUCAGAUGUUCCACGGAAGAGAUCAAGGAAACCACCUCAGCCAUGGUCAGACUCUGAUGACUCCGAGGCAUCACAAACACCAGCUAAAACGCAACAAAAAGCAGCAGUGCCUGUUCCUAGGAAUUUCCCACUGGGACUGGCCUCUGCUGAAUGUGGAGAACAAUCUGAAGGCUGCAGUGAAAGUGAUUUUCAGGAAUUGGCAUCACUUUGUGAGAAGGACACCUCUUGUGUGGGUCAAGAACGCUCGCGACCAUUUGACUCAUCACUCGGGAGAGAUCAAGACUUCAAGCAACACGUUCUUAGGCUUCUCAACAUCAUCCGAUUUACACUGCAGCAACAUGGAGAGAUGCUUAACAAAUUAUGUGAAGUAUUGCCUGCCCAUGCAGUGAUUACAACGUCGCCACUUAUUGACAAGCCAUUUGAUUCCUUGGAUAGGCUGUUAGCCUUCAGUGAGCAGCUUGACAAAGAAAAAGUUGCAGUUCUGGUGCGCGAGCUCAUGCAACUUGGCGGAAAGAAUGCAAACGCUGCAACCAAGCGCAUGUUGGCACACCUUUUAUCUGACGAGCUGGCUUCAAAGUUCUCUUGGGUUGGAAGAAAAAACAAACUCAAUUUCUCAAACCUCAAAGCUUCAAGUGCAAUCAUCGCUGCUGCGACACAGUUUCCGCUAGGAACCACAACGAUUGUUGAAGAUGCCAUCAAGUCAUGGCUAAGACAUGCGCCAGAAAGAGCAUCAGGUGCCCUGAAACAACAGCCUGCAGCAUCCAUUGAAGACGCAAAUGAAGAUGCUGAAUGAGUACCCUCCUUGCCAACUGUACUCCAAUCCCUUGCCACUGCCAUGGUAUUAGCGUGCCCGAUUACAGCAGCUACCAAGUACCCGAAUGUCUUCACAGCAGCACUGAGUUACUUUUACUCUUCGUAUUUCAGCAUUGUCUUUUUCCUACAUUUUUUUUUCUACUGAUGCUGUUACCGUAAAAUCAUUCCAUGUCGAACUCGGUGGAAAACUCCACCAUUUCUGAUUUUUUUAUUAAAGAAUUGUCUCGCUAUGUAUAAAGAGAUGAGCUAACAAAAUUUCUUGGGUGAAAUAUUUUGUAAAUGAGAGGGCCACAUAAAUUUCAUGUCUAAAAAUUUCUUAAAAUAUUUUUUUAGGAAUUCAAGCUUUCUUUAGAGAAAGUGUACAAUAUUAGAUCCAAAUAAAAUUUCAUUAGAUGGUAUGCUUUAGGUGCAGGUCUAACAUAGUAGUUCCAUGUUUUCCUAAGCUACCAUUUUUGUGUAAUUUAUCGAAUUUGGUCGUUUUUAAUUUUGUAAGGGAAGAAAAGUUUUGGUUAUGCAAACCUCCUUCAAUGAAAGCAUAAGUUUAUCUAACCAAAAGUGCAUGUCUUACAACAAUGCGCAAAACAUUAAAACUAUGGCCGUGCUUUUUCUAACGCCUGGAUUUGCGCCAUUCAAAGAACUUUAAAUUGCCCUCUCCAUGUCGAAAAUUACUUUCACCUAAAAUAUUGCGGGGGACUAUAUUCCAUUUCUUUAAACCUAGUAGAAACUCAAUUUUUUUAGAGAAGGAUGCAUUGCUGUGGAUUGACCCUAACAAUCUCGCAUUGCUGCACUCAUGCUGUUCAUUCAGCUGAUGUAUCGCUGUUAUUUGUGAGUUAUUCUGUUAAUUCAUUGCUGUGUAAAAAGCUCAACCUCAUUGCUAUCACUCUGCAGAUUACUUUUAAUGCAUACCCAUCGUAGGUUCUUGUGAUUAAUGCUUCUUGCCACAAGAAAUGACAGAUUUUUUUUCUGCUUCAGAGCUCUAGUGGUUAGUAGUAGACAAAAUUGAGGUACUGAUUUGUGUGCUUGCUUUUUCAUAAGCAGUAUGUCGUGUCAGUGCUCAUUAUCCAGGAAACACAUUCAUCUCUUUGAUACUGAUUCAUUUCUCAGAGUUUUUGGCUUUUUCACCUGCAACAAGCUCUAGUCAGUAGUGGUUUUAGUCAUAACAGGUCGUUGUUUUGUUUAUGCUACAAGCUACAAAUUGAGGUACAAGUUUGUUUCUCUUUUCUUAUAUGCGCUAAGCAAUGUGCGAUCAGUGCUCAUUAUCCAGGGAACACUUUCAUGUGCUUGAGAAGAUUUAUUUCUUUGAGCUUUCAGCUUCAUUAACCUAUAGCAGGCUCUGAUCUGUAGCAGUUCUAGUCAUAACACGUGAUUUUGUUCUCUCUAUUAAGCUCUGAUCAUUUUGUUGUGGGCAAAUUAAGAUAGAAAUUUGUAUGUUUCCGUUCUUCAUGUAUUAAGCAACACAAUGUGUUCAAGUUUCAUGUUCUUAAUAGGUUGAUUUCUUGGAGCUCUUAGCUUUAUCUUUCACCCGCGAGCUUAUUAUUCAAUCACAUUCAUUCUCUAUAUAGAUUUAAUUAUCUGGUCGUUCAGCCUUGUUAAUUCUAUUUUAUUCUUUGCUGUUGUUGAUGUCAGUAGUUCCCUCAGCAAUUUUUCAACCCACACUGUACUCCUGUGGACUGGUGUUGGUGUGCUUAGUGGUGGUUGCGUUUAAGCAUUUUUUAAAUUUGGUCUGGAUGAUCACACAUGCUUUUUUGGUUACUUCCAUUGCAAUUUUUGUGUUGCUGUUGGACAUAUUCAAUUGUAUUUUGGAGAGAACUAACACUUGUGGUGUGGUGCCUCAGCUGUCUUAGUAUACAGUUAAUUGCUUUUGCCUUGUAUUCUCAGCCUGAAAAGUGUUUGGUGCUGUCUAGUUUUGUUCUUGUUAGUAAUUUUGAUGUCAUAUUUCAUGUAACAAAAAUGCCGGUGACCUACUAAGUAGCAUUGGUUGUAGGCCACUUGUGUUGUUUGAGCUGCACCUUUUUGUUUUCCAUCACAUUCAUGGAAUUACAGCCCGAACCAGUAUUUCUAGUCAUCUUAUAUAGCUUUUGUAACAAUAUUGGCAAAGUAUUUUUCAAUACUGUUACUCUGCUCCGAUCAAACAUUUUGAUAUUUUGUUACAAUAAAAUAUUUUAACAAGA